CUACAUGGAGGCGGAAGUGACUGCGCGAAGAGCGGAUGUGGACGUGGCAUACAGCUGCAGCAGUUCCGCUGAAUGUCCGCUUCUCAUUCCAAGAAGGGAUUAGGGAAACACAACCGGGGACGACAUCCAUUUUUUUUUAGCCCCCGUCGCUGAGCCAGUUUACGCUUUACCACGAGCAGAGCGACGCCUUACUCUUCACAAACCUUUAGAGAUUUAGGGAUGAACUGAAGAUGAAUGUAAACCAGCAUACGCCCAUGGCCUCUCCCUAUGGCCAGCCUCAGCCUGGUUAUGGGCAGCCCACCUUUGCACCCUUGGACAGUGGGUACCCACCUCCGUACACACCUUAUAAUGGCCCUGUGUCAGCCUACCAGCCUGGAGUGCCAUCACAAGGUUAUUCAUCUUUUACCUCCUUCCCCUCUAAAUCUGUGCCAGCCAACCCUAUCUCAGAGCUCUCCUCUCCUCUUGACCUAGGUCACGGCAGGCCUCCUACUACUUCCGGGCCACCAGCUGUAUUGGCUCCUCAAGCGUACAAUCAGUAUGGUGUUCAUCAUCAAGGCGACAUGCAGAAUGGACCACCACCUAUGACACAGGCGCCCCCAAGGCCUGUUGCUUCACAGUCCUUAAACCAAGGAGCAGCCAAUCCGUCAGGGCCGCUCACCUCCUACCCCCAACACUACGGACCCCCGCCCACGAUGCAACACGUCACCAGUCAGAUGAGCGGCAUGCAGAUUAACUCCGGACCGCCCAGCGUUGCUGUGCCCGGAUAUGCACCGCCCCACAGCUCUCAGCCCCCCAUCAGCACUUCCUUCUCAGCCUCACCUUCCGCCUCCUACACUCAAGCUCUGCCCCCUGUGUCAUCUGCUCCCACACAGGCACCACCCACUGCUCCUCAGCAGUACUAUGGCGUCCCCCAGCCACCAUUCACUUCCUCUCUCCCUGCUACCACUCAACCAUCGUUCACCUCUCCUGCUCCUCCUCAGUCAUCCAAUCAGCCAUCAUUUCCUCCUCCCUCGUAUUCGGGCCCUCCGCCGACUCAGAUUCCCUCCCCGUUGAUGUCGCAGCCUCAGCAGUCCUUCGUCCCCAGUCAGCCCACCUUUUCCUCAGCCCCUCAGGGUUCCUUCACUCCAAGAGGGGGUCUUCCCACUCCCUCUCAGUAUCCUCCUCCGACAUCAGCUCCCUCGGGGCAGUACCCGGGUGCCUUGCCACAUCAGCAGCAACCCCCUUUCCCCUCAGGUCCUCUUCCCCCCAGGCCCCAGAUGCCCCCUGCAGCCAUGUCUCAGAGCAACCACUUACCUCCGGGACCACAGGGCCCGCCAGGCCCACCUGGAUCCAUGCAGCAGCAGCAGCAGCAGCAGAUGCCCCCACCCCAGCCUGGCUUGCCAGGAGGGUACCCUCCACAUCAGAAUGGUGCAUUUGGGCAAGUAAGAGGGCCUCAGCCCGGCUACACAGGACCUUAUCCUGGGCAACCGAAUUACGGCGCUCCGGCACCAGGCCCUGCCCCGCCUGCACAGAAAAGAUUGGAUCCGGAUGCCAUUCCUAGUCCACAAGCGUCUGACAUGCCGGCCGUGCAGAAAUCAAGACAUAGAAUAGACCCAGAUGCUAUCCCCAGCCCAAUUCAAGUAAUUGAGGAUGACAAGGCCAGGAGCACAGAGCCUUUCAGCACAGGUGUCAGGGGUCAAGCGCCCCCACUGGUGACCACAGACUUCCACGUCAAAGACCAAGGGAAUGCCAGCCCCAGGUUCAUCCGCUGUACAGCCUACAACAUGCCCUGCACGGCAGACAUGGCCAAGCAGUCUCAGGUGCCGCUGGCUGCUGUCAUCAAACCCCUCGCUACGUUGCCACCGGAUGAGACACCUCCAUACCUGGUGGACCACGGGGAAGGAGGUCCCAUCCGUUGCAACCGCUGCAAGGCUUACAUGUGUCCAUACAUGCAAUUCAUCGAGGGAGGACGCCGCUUUCAGUGCGGCUUUUGCUCUUGCGUCACAGAAGUUCCUCCUCAUUACUUCCAGCAUCUGGACCACACUGGGAAGAGAAUAGACUUCCACGACCGACCAGAACUUUCGCUGGGAAGCUACGAGUUCCUGGCCACUGUCGACUACUGUAAAAACAACAAAAUUCCUCAGCCUCCGGCUUUUAUCUUCCUUAUCGACGUGUCCUACAAUGCUAUCAAGAGUGGUAUGGUCGGCAUUGUCUGCCAGGAACUCAAGACGCUCCUGGACAACCUGCCCACAGAGAACCCAGACUCUGACUCAGUGGUGCGGGUGGGCUUCGUCACCUACAAUAAGGUGCUGCACUUCUACAACGUUAAGUCCAGCCUGGCCCAGCCGCAGAUGCUGGUGGUGUCGGACGUGUCAGAAAUGUUCGUGCCGCUGUUGGAUGGUUUCCUCGUCAACAUCGGGGAGAGCCGGCAGGUCAUCGAGAGUUUGCUGGACCACAUCCCAGAGAUGUUCGCAGACACCCGAGAGACUGAGACAGUGUUUGGACCAGUCAUACAGGCCGGACUGGAGGCACUCAAGGCAGCAGACUGUGCGGGGAAGCUGUUUGUGUUCCACACAUCCCUGCCCAUCGCUGAGGCUCCGGGCAAACUCAAGAACAGAGAAGACAAGAAGCUGAUUGGCACUGAUAAGGAAAAGUCUCUGUUUCAGCCUCAAGUGGGUUUCUAUAACACAUUGGCCAAAGAGUGUGUGGCGCAGGGGUGCUGCGUGGACCUCUUCCUCUUCCCCAACCAGUUUGUGGAUGUGGCCACACUCGCUGUGGUCCCCGUCUCCACCGGGGGCUCUGUGUACAAGUACACCUACUUCCAGCCUCAGUCGGACCAAGAGAGGUUCCUGAACGACCUGAGACGAGAUGUUCAGAAGCCCAUCGGCUUUGACGCUGUCAUGAGGGUUCGAACUAGCACAGGAAUUCGAGCGACAGACUUCUUUGGCUCCUUCUUCAUGAGCAACACCACAGACGUGGAACUGGCUGGACUGGACUGCGACAAGACGGUCACAGUGGAGUUGAAGCACGACGACAAGCUCAGCGAGGAGACCGGGGCGCUCUUGCAGUGCGCCGUGUUGUACACCAGUUGCGGCGGCCAAAGGCGGCUCCGUGUCCACAAUAUGGCGGUCAACUGCUGCUCCCAACUGUCGGACCUUUACCGCAACUGCGAGACGGACACCAUCAUCAACUUCCUCUCUAAAUAUGCUUUCCGCGGCAUCCUGAACAAUCCCACAAAGGCGGUGAGGGACACUCUGGUCAACCAGUGUGCUCAGAUCCUGGCCUGCUACCGCAAGAACUGCGCCAGUCCCUCGUCAGCUGGCCAGUUGAUCCUCCCCGAGUGCAUGAAGCUGCUGCCCAUCUACCUGAACUGCGUGCUUAAGAGUGACGUGCUGCUUCCCGCCGCAGACGUGUCGCUGGAUGACCGGGCAUACUUGCGACAGCUCAUCAGCUGCAUGGACGUGUCUGAGACGCACGUCUUCUUCUAUCCGCGCUUGCUCCCACUGAUGAAGCUGGAGAGCGGGUCAUUGCCAGUGGCGGUGCGAGCGUCAGAGGAGAGACUAUCCAAAGGCGGCGUUUACCUGCUGGAGACGGGCCUUCAUCUCUUCCUGUGGGUGGGGGCCAACGCGCAGCAGGAGUUGCUACUCAACAUCUUUGGGACAUCCAGCUUCAGCCAGAUUGACGCCACCAUGACAUGUCUGCCUGCCUUGGACAAUCCUUUCUCACAAAGACUCCGAGAGAUGGUUGACUCCUUCAGAGUACAGCGGUCACGAUAUAUGAAGUUGAUGGUAGUGAAGCAGGAGGACCGCUCGGAGCUCAUCUUCCGACACUUUCUGAUGGAGGACAAGAGCGCGAGUGGCGGCGCAUCCUACGUGGACUUCCUGUGUCACAUGCACAAGGAGAUCCGCCAACUCCUCAGCUAGACUGUGCCGCAAUCGCCUCCUUCCCCCUCCAUCCUUCAUUUCUUUUCUUCCUCUUUUUAAAGAAACUAAACUCCCCACUCUCAACGGAGCGCCACAACUGGCGCCUUACAUCGUGUGUAUGUGUGGAUGUGAGGUAAUCUGAUGUUAAUAGAGCUUCACUCAGCCUCAAAGUGACUGUGAAGGAGGAGGAGGGAGGGUGAUGUAUGUAUAUAUACACACGCACACACUCAUACACUGAAGAAUAAUGUAUGCAACAGGACUGGAUGUAUCGACUAGCACUGACUUAAGGCUGUUUAAAGCACCUUUUCCCAUACUUGGCUUUUUAUCUAGAAUCCAAUCCCAAUACGAUCUAAGAGGUCUCCAUACUACCAAGACACCAAUGAAUCAAAUAAAUGCUGUAACCUGAUCUCUUCCCCUCCUCUUUUAAUCUAUUGCCUUAUCGCAAUCCAUCUUCUCUGUAUUUGUGUGUGUGUGUCUAGAUUGUAAUGUUUAAAAAUAUUAAUAAUCAGGAUUGAACCUCAACAGCAGUGCCUGAUAGCUCUUCAAUGGCCUUCUGCCUUUCAAGACAUAAUUCUAUCCCCCUGCCCAAAAAAAAAAAAAAAUCUCAUUGAUAGUAUUGUUUGUUUUUGUUUGACUCAUUGGGUUAAUCAGCUAUGAUAACGUUUUCUUCAUGCCACCAAAAACGUCGUUUUUCGUGAAGACCGCUGUGUUGGACUAUCCAGGUGUACAUAAUGAAGUGUCCUCACUUUUACAGCUCAUAAUGGUAACUUUUAGUCCUUAAUGAAAAGCCCUCAAUUGACACAUCAAGGCAACCAUUUUUUUAAUUUAAGAAUGCCCAAAAAAAACCCAAGCGUUAUCUUUUGAUCAUCGUAGAUGUUUUUGAAGUGUACCCCAUGAAUAGUCCUCAGCUGACUCCACCGGGAUAAUAUUUUUUAUUUAAUAAUGCCGCCAAAAAAAUAAUGCGUAUUUUUGGCGAAGGUCCACCGUUAAAUACAAUUAAUGUCUGAGGCCCAUCUUGCGCCAUACUUUCCACGUGGCAUGAUUAUAGAUGACCCCUGCUGUGUGUUUAUAUAUACAUAUAUAAAUAUAUAAUCUGUACAGAAUUCAUAGAAAAGAAACCUUUUAAUUCAGGUCUGAUGGUAUUUUUACUGUCAUGAGUAUAGAAAUCAUGGCAGUUAGUAAUGAGCAGGAGUUGAUGUCUUGACUGACUACAUUUGAUGAGUGAGUAUGUUUGAGUGCAUGUGUCGGUUCUGGUGAAAUUUCUCCCGAGAAACAGAGGGACCGUCAAAAACCCCCACUAAAUUAAAGUUGUCAAAAUCACUUUUUGUUCCUUUUUUCAAAAAAAAAAAAAAAUGUAUAAAUUUUUCAAGCCCUCUGUUCUUUCAUACCUUAGUUGAGCCACCAUCAUCACUGUAAUUUUCAUUCUGUUCUUUUUUUUGGGUUUGUUUUGUUCUCAUUGCCUCUUGGGACUGCUAAUAAAAAUGGUUGUUUCAGAAGUGAAAUUCAA